GAAGUGUCAAGUCUCACGACCGUUCGGACGCUUUCGGCGUUACGGCAGUGUGGUUUGCUUUUGUUUUACGACAGAGAGACGGGCUUGUUUUACGGCUGUGUGCAGCUUCCGGUAGUAGAUAUGGAUGUUGGGGAGCUGUUGCGGUAUCAGCCUGACAGAGGAACCAAAAGAGGGAGAGACGACGAUCCAGAUGAUUCGAAACCCCAAAGAAAAGAGAGGGGUGCUCGGAACCGGUACCGUGAUGAGGAUCGGGCUGGACCAGACGAUGAGAGGACGGCACUGGGCACCGCUGACGGAGGGGGAGCUGGUGAUGAGGACGAUGCGGAGCCCCUGGAUGAAGGUGCGGUGAAAAAGAUGAUCCUGGCCUUCGAGAAAAGAUCCUACAAGAACCAGGAGCUGCGGAUUAAAUUCCCCGACAACCCCGAAAAGUUCAUGGAGUCCGAGCUGGACCUGAACGACAUCAUCCAGGAGAUGCACGUAAUCGCCACCAUACCGGAUCUAUAUCACCUGCUGGUGGAGCUUAAUGCCGUGCAGUCUCUGCUUGGAUUGCUGGGCCAUGAUAACUCUGAUGUAUGUAUUGCUGUGGUUGACCUGCUGCAAGAGCUGACAGAUAUAGACACCCUACACGAGAGCGAGGAGGGGGCCCAGGUCCUUAUCGACGCACUGGUGGAAGGACAGGUGAUCGCCCUCUUGGUGCAGAACCUGGAUCGUCUUGACGAAACGGUGAAGGAGGAAGCAGAUGGCGUGCACAAUUCUCUCGCUAUCAUCGAAAACAUGACCGAAUUUCGUCCCGAGAUUUGUUCUGAGGCCGCUCAACAAGGACUGCUUCAGUGGCUGCUGAAAAGGUUAAAGGCCAAGCUACCAUUCGAUGCCAACAAGCUGUACUGCAGUGAGAUUCUGGCCAUUCUUCUACAGAACAACGAUGACACUCGGGAACUUCUGGGGGAGCUGGAUGGAAUAGAUGUGCUGCUUCAGCAGUUAUCGGUGUUUAAGCGGCAUGAUCCCAGCACGGCAGAGGAACAGGAGAUGAUGGAGAACCUGUUUGAUGCCCUGUGCUCAUGUUUAAUGCUGAGCAGCAACAGAGAUCGAUUCCUGAAGGGGGAAGGACUGCAGCUCAUGAACCUUAUGCUUAGAGAGAAGAAGAUGUCUCGCUGCAGCGCCCUUCGCGUGCUGGACCACGCCAUGAUCGGCCCGGAAGGCAGCGACAACUGUCACAAGUUUGUGGACAUCCUAGGUCUCAGGACCAUCUUUCCGCUCUUCAUGAAAUCGCCCAAGAAGAUGAAGAAAAGCGGCGUCUCGGAGAAAGAACACGAAGAACAUGUCUGCUCUAUACUGGCUUCAUUACUGCGCAAUCUGAAAGCACAACAAAGAACCAGGCUGCUCAACAAAUUCACGGAGAGCGACAGUGAGAAGGUGGACCGCCUUAUGGAGCUGUAUUUCAAGUAUUUAGAAGCUGUGCGGGUGGCUGACAAGAAGAUUGAAGGCGAGAAACACGACAUGGUGCGGCGCGGUGAGAUCCUAGAUGAUGAUUUGGAAGACGAGUUUUACCUGCGUAGACUGGAUGCCGGGCUCUUUCUUCUUCAGCUGCUGUGCUACAUCACUGCAGAGAUCUGCAACAGCACCCUGCCACAGGUCCGGCAGAGAGUGAUGCAGAUAUUGACAAUGAGGGGCAGCUCUAUCAAAAUAAUUCGACACAUACUGAAGGAAUAUUCAGAGAACAUCGGUGACGGGAAGAGUGCGGAGUUCCGGGAGAGUGAACAAAAGCGAAUCCAGGAGCUAAUAGAGACCUUGUGAACAGAUGGGCUAUAGUCCCUUCCCACCGCAGUGAGGAGUCUGCAGAGCAUUGCACAAAACAUCAUUUUUUCUUUUUUUGUAUAUAGAGAUUUGGGAUUUAAUGUGUCAGACAGCAGCUUCUUCCCGCUCUCUGUGAAUAGUGGGAACUUUAUAGAAGAUCAAUUCUAUGUGUGUCUUACUUUUUUAAUAAAAAGUCAUGUAUUAAA